CCCCACUGUGGAUGUCUUGUUGCUUCCAAUUGCUUGUAUUCUCUCUUUUCUGAAAGGGAGUUGUGCUGCUAAGCAACUAUGAAUACUGACUUGAACUGACAGUUUGUGGCCACUCCUACCUUCGCUCUGAAAAGGAUAAGGUAUCCACUCAGUCGUUGACUGUGGUAAACUUAGCACUUGGGCACUAUGUAGUAAGUGCUGAAGGAUUGAACCUUGAACUUUUUUGCAAGGAAAACAACAUGACUGAUCUCUGGGAAAAAAUGGGCUGACAAGACAAAGAGGUUAAUGAAGAGAUAAAAAUGGAUUAAAUAUUUAAUUCUGCUGAAGAAAGCUGAAUGGAUAUUUGCUAUUCAGAUAUUUUCUUGCCUUGCAAAUACAUAUGUUGCAUUAAUGGCGACAUUAUUUGAUGGAGACAGAAUAUAUUGCUUGAACAAUUUAAAAUUAUUUACGUAACCUCUGGAGUUCCUAGUAAUUUUGCCAGUUGCAGUAACUGAGCUUUUGCAUUACAGGUGCAUGUUUAAGCAAUACAUCACAAAUAAAAUGAGUGUGUGCAAGAUCAAGCAAAAGCCAUACAAGAGGGUGUCAAUAGAAAGGAAGGAGGAAGAAGAUACUUGUAUUCAGAUGCCCUUAGUCAUUGGAGAUAAAAAUGGAAAUGAAAUCUCACAUAACAGCAAAUCUCUCGGCUCACAACAUAACAUUGGAAAUGUUUACCAUGACAAUAUUAUUAAAAAUGAAAUUGAAAAACAUGAAAGCAACAUCAAGAUUAAAUCUGUUGGAUCAUUUUCUGUAGAUCAGUAUAAAGAAGCUUCUGGAUCAGUUUAUAGAGAAGAAAAAACUUCUAUGGAUGAAUAUAAUAAAAAUUUUAGUGUUGACCACUGCAUUCAAGAAUAUGAAAAUGGAAACAAUAAUUGCAGUGUAGAUGCGAGUCCUAAUAAUGAAGGCAUGGAUUGGGACAUUUCUUGUGAUGCUAAUAAGUCUAUAGUCUGUGAAUUUACCCAGCAGUCCUUGGGUAAUAUCUUCUCUAUUAACAAGUUCUCUGUCUCAGAUUCGGUGAGUUCAAAUGAAGUAAUGAGGAAAAAUAGUUUCAUUAGUGGAUCAGAGUUGCAGCAUGGUUUGACAGAGUCUUGCACAGUUGACAGCACCUCCAGCAUUCAUUCUGAAAGAGGUCAGCUGUCCAACACGAUGCCAGAUGUUUGCAGCAUUAGCAUUAAUAAAAUAUUGCCUGCAUUAAUGAAUGAUAUAAAUGCUGAAGUGCAGAAUAUGAAAGAUGAUGGCUCCAUGCAUUCAGGUUGUUUUUUAGAAGACGCUAUAGAUAUUCCUGAACAUGUGGACUGCAGCCCAAGAGGAAUAUUAUCAAAUGCAGCAUCUGUUUGCAAAAGACAUGUUCAAGCCUCAUUGAAUUGCUCCAGAAAAAAUACAGUUGCUAACUCGCUGUGUAAUCUAGAUGAUAAAUUUAAAAUCCUUCCAACCAAGGUUACAAUGAGUGGAAAACUUUCCAUAACUGCACCUCAGGCAAAUUUGAAUGACUGCUUGCCAUUGGAGGUUAUUUCACCUAUUGAAGGAGAGGGAGUUAUGCCAAUGGAGGGAACAUUUUCAAUUUCUAGUCCUGAAGACGUUUGCAGUGAAUUUGCUCAGGCAUCUACACCUGUGGCCAGUUCAAGAAAUGCAACUUUUAUUGUUCCAGUCUACGAGGACAUUGUGGAACAAAAUACAGAGGAUGUCAGAAAUGAUCUGUCUGCAGAAAUCGAUAGCGCAAGGAAUCCCGUUUACUCCCUGAAAGGAAAGACCAUAACCUCAGACUUGAACAUAAAAAAAUACCCCUGCCAAGUAUCUAGCAAGCAUGCAAAAGUAGGAAUAAUGAAAUACCCUAAGCCUGACUUUACUAAUAUAAAGCCCAAAGUCAUCUCGCGUCCUGGAUCAUCUUUAAAAACUAUAAAUUCCUUGCAACGGAAGAACUUCCCAAGAUUGCCAUCAUCACCCUCCAAGUCUUCUUCAUUUAAAACUUCAGCUUCACCAAGGUCUUUGAAAAAAGAGGAAGGAACUGGCAAGAAUGAAAAAGACACGAAGCACAGCACUGUGAGCCUCAAAAAACAAAAGCAAGACUCUGGCAUUCAGCAUUUUCCAGGAAGAAUGGCAUCUACAACUUUGAAUUCACAUGCAGGCAAAGUUCAGAAGCCAAUAGUUGAUCUGAAAAGGAAGAAAGGGACUUUAGACAAAGGCAGCUGUUCAAAUUCAACAAGCUCUUUAUCUUCAGAAACUGCAGCAACUGGUACUCAGCAGAAAUUAAAUGGAGCCAGUCAGAAAGAUGAUAAAACAAAAAGCACUGUAAAAGCUGUCCCUUUGUCUUCUACUGACAGGCCAGAAUGUGAUGAAAUGCUAAACUUUGACAAUGGUGAGGGGAUCUGCACUGUAGUCAGUGGGACUGCUUCGGGAGUUGCCAUAAAGGAUGUUCCUAACAUAUUAGGUGGGAACCCAUUGCCAGGCAAAUGGAUACCUUACAUAGCCUGAUGUUGCUGCAACUGUUACUGGAAAUACUGGCUUACGAAAUCAAUGGAUAUAUCAAAAUGCAGACUUUGUUAACUUUUCAAAAAAACACAAAAGAAUAUAAUUCUAAAUGGAACUUUCACUUAACAAAAAAUCCAAACUGAUAUGAAGAGGCACUAUAAUCAUGAGGAUAAGUAACAUUUACCAAUGUAAUAUUAUUGGUAUAACCUCCACGGAUACUCAACUGAAUAUAAUGUUGAAACUCAAAAAAGCAACAUUGUCAUUUUAUUUUCUUAGUACAGUUUGUCCUCUAUCAGUGUGUUCCACAUCUGAAUGUUCAGCUCACUACAAAUUGAAAUAUUUCAAAAACAAAAAGAAAAAAAUCCAGAAAGAACUUGAUCUUAAAGUGUUCUGAGCACUAUGCCGAAUCUACAGGAAUGAACUGAUCGGUAGUCAUACAGUGUGUGGGGUACAGCCUGGACACAGACAGGUAGACAUGUUCUUUUUCUACACACGUGUUUAUUUACUCUAUUUACAGAUGAACAA